UGGUUGCUUUGUUGGCACUAUUUAUUUUACCAUCUUAACCUUGCAUUCAUGAGAAAAUGAAGUUUUUGAAUUUAUUCUGUAGUCAUAGUAUUGCACUGAUCAUAUGUUUGAGAGAGUUGAAAGCAGACGAUUGCAGACGCUCCGUUGAUGAUCUUAAUUACCAUGGCAGCAUUAAUGUUACAAGGCAAGGACAUCAGUGUGAUUACUGGAUAGGUACGAAGCACAAUUCGGAAGACAAAAAUUACUGUAGGACGCCCACAGGUGAUCAAAUUAAUAAUGGUGGACCCUGGUGUUUUAUAUAUGGAACUAGAAGCCUUUCAUGGGAUAGAUGCAAUGUUCCAGUUUGCUUCGGUAAAAUAUGCCCAGAUUUAGCAGUCCACAAUUUGGAAACACCAGACAGAAAGAAACAAUAUCAAUAUGGAGAGUCUGUUGUAGUUACUUGUAAAACUGGGUACAAAUCAAUCGGACAAAAGUACUUAACAUGUUUGGAGUCAGGUCAUUGGAACGAUUCAAUACCUAGAUGUGAAGAUGUGGAUGAUUGCUUAGGUAGGCCAUGUCAAAAUGGAGGGAAAUGUACUGAUGGAAUAAAUGGAUACACAUGUACCUGUCUUGAUGAUUUCUUCGGUCUACAUUGUCAAUAUGGUGAUGCAGUUCCAAGGGAAAUAACUCAAUACGAUCAACUAUAG